CCACAAGAGCCUCUUCCGGGCCGGUCGCAUCUCGGCGAUUACUGGCCAGUGUUUCCUUUCCAGAAUCAGUUCUCCGGAGGUCUCGACUUGGACCCUUCGAUAUCGCGGCAUAUUGGAGGAGACAUGAACAUCGCUGUACCGUCAUGGGGUAUGCUCGACAUCUACGGAAGAUUUUUCAACAGAAUCCACGACACAACCACUAAAUUCGGAUACCUCAACUACCCGGUCAACAUGUUGGAUUUGGAAAAAGAAGAUUUUGUCAAGCUUAUGAGUGAUCCAUCACUGCAGUACAACAGAAAUGCACAACCUCGUCUACCGCUGGGAAAACUCGCACGGACUUAUGUUCCCAUCAACUGCAAGCCACCAAUGUGUAACCCGUACCAUGCCAACUUUGGUUUCGGCGUGGAACACGACUUUGGAGGUAACGAUGGUGUUGAAGGUGAUAUUGACGUGCCUAUUCCAAUCUCAAAGGGUGUCGCCUAUAGGUUCCCGUUCUCCGGAAAAAUAUAUGCAUUCCGCGACAAUGUGACGGUUACGUACGGACAGAAUUUGGCACCUGUUGACCCAUUUAUGAGUCUGUUCGAGUAUCAAAAGUAUCGCGACCCUGGACUUGCUAUACCACGUCGAAGAAGAGACGUGUCGUAUUCGGAAAAGGUCUGGCAGAACGAGCCCACUAGUGCGACUUACGAGGAGCAUUUGAAGUCACACAGUGUGGAGCAUCACGAAGUCACUGUCACCCAGAGGAAACAGCUCACUGAAAUUAGUCGUCCUCCGCAGCAACACUUGGACCGCGAUUUCUUCCCAGGCCCAGAGCCUAGAUCCGCUCCCUUCUCAGUACAGCCUUCACAAAUUGUGUUUUAUAAUGACUUCAGAAAGGGAAUUCUUUCCGUACAAUCCAUUCAUUAUGACACCACUGGUCGCAAGUGUCCCAUGGGUCACGAGUCCCACGUGGGAGAUCACCCCACAGGAGUUAUA